GCUCAGCGGUGCCGGUACCUGGUGCCCGCGGCGCCGCUCAUUCCCGGGAUGGAGCCCACGACCGGCACCGAGAGCUCCCGCCUGGUCAGCCCGCGGGGCGGCCGCGCCGACGGCAGCCUGCGUCUCAAGAGUCUCUUCACAGGCCCUCCAGACCCUUCAGCACCGGCGGCUCCGCCGGCUCCAGGUCCCCACUGCCGCUGCAGCCCGCCGACCCCCAGCCCUGCGCAGGGCAGGCUCCAGGCCCGCCGGCAGCUGAGCAUCGCCUGCGCCGUCUGCUGCCUCUUCAUGGUCGGGGAGGUGAUAGGCGGCUACCUGGCACACAGCCUGGCCAUCAUGACAGAUGCAGCCCACCUGCUGACAGACGUGGGCGGCAUGUCUGUCAGCCUCUUCUCCCUCUGGGUCUCCAACCGCCCACCCACCAAGACCAUGACCUUUGGCUGGCACCGCUCAGAGACACUGGGUGCACUGGCCUCUGUCCUCUCUAUCUGGGCUGUGACCGCAGCCCUGGUCUAUCUGGCGGCCGCCCGCAUCAUCAGCAACGACUACGAGAUCGAGGCGCGAGCCAUGCUGGCCACAUCUGCCUGUGCCGUCGGCGUCAAUCUGGUCAUGGCCUACAUCCUGCACCAGUCCCCUGCUGGCCAUGGCCAUGGCACAGGGGCCUACGAGCAGCUGGAGAGCUCUGUGUCCUGCCAGCCCCGCCGCAGCCCCCUGCCCGGCAGCACCAGUGUGCGGGCAGCCUUCGUCCACGUGGUGGGUGAUCUGCUGCAGAGCGUCAGUGUCCUCGUAGCUGCCACCAUCAUCUACUUCAAGCCCCAGUGCAAGAUUGCAGACCCCAUCAGCACCCUCUUCUUCUCGGUCUUCGUCCUUGGCUCCACCAUCACGAUCCUCAGAGAUGUCUUCAGGGUCCUCAUGGAAGGUGGUGCUGGCAGGGACACUGCGAGGCCUCGAGUUCGAUGCGGUGAAGGAGGUGCUGCUGGGGGCCAGCGGGGUGCGCGGUGUCCACGACCUGCAUCUCUGGGCGCUGACGCUGAGCCACCCCGCGGUGUCGGUGCACGUGGCUGUGGGUGGAGCAGCACCAGGAGGAGACAACAGGCUGUCCCCACUGCCAGGACCCCCGAACCUGAGACCCCUCCCCGCUGCUAUGUUGGGCCAGACGUGGCCCUGGCCCCAGCUCCUUGUGCUAGAGCAGGGCAAUGCUUGAGAUCCCACCCCACCCUCUACCUGCCCCCGUGCUGCAGAGUCCUGGGGUGGGACAGUGACUCCAGUGCCGUGUCCUGGAGGGGGUGGACACAUGGCCUGGCCUGUGGAGUACAGGGGCUCCCUGGGACGUUCCACUCCUUGCUGAGCCACAGCUCUGGAAGAGGUGGAAUCCUGCCCCACCACCCAGUCCCCAGGGAGCCUGUCUAUCCUGGGAGGAAGGGACAUCCCCCAUGGGGGACCUCAGACCUGGCCUUGGCCCCAGCCCCCCAUGAUGUUGCCUGGGCUCCAUCUGACUCCUGCCGUGCCUGGGCUUCAUCCAUUCCCUCUGCUGAGUUGUGUCUGUGCCCCUGGUGUCAAUCUGUCCAUCUGUGCGAGCAGCGGUGCCAGCGCUGCCAAUAAAUGUGU